AGUCCUCUAUUCUCACAAAAUCCUUUUUCUCGGACCUCCUUUUUGCUCUGCCGCCACUUCUAUAUGCGCCUCCCUUCUCAUCAUCAUCACCACCAACACCACCGCCGCCUAGGGUUUCUAGAGUUUUCGGAGGCCCACUGAUCUCUCCUCUUCGGCAUUUCUAGGGUUUUCCGAGCUGGAUUCGCUCUCCUUUCUCAGGCGAAUCUCCAUGCGCCGCUGGUUUAGCGGCUUCGUUGAUUAGGUUACAAAGGCCUCCUCUCGAUCGCGUGAUUGCGGACAAAGCGAGGCCUUUCGUGCUUCUUCUCCUUCUUUGGUUUUCGUUAUGAUUUUUUCUUGUUUUUGCUUUGGUGAUGCGCUGGGCCGUUGUCGAUUAGGGCAAGGUUGUUUCGGUUGUAUCGCUUUGCGUUGGUUCUCGAUUUGAAUGGCAUUGGGAGAUUUGAUGGCCUCCCGAUUUUCGCAAUCUUCGGUGGCCGUUUCGAACCACUUGGACGAGUGUUCCAGCCACGAAGAUGGGGAUUUGAGUUCAAAUAGGAGGGAUAGGGAUUCUGAUGCUGCUAGUAGUAGUUAUACUAAUGCCACUGCGACCACUAGUAUGGCCUAUUUUCCUCAGAAUAUUGUGCUUUGCGAGCUCCGGCACGAGGCGUUCGAGGCUUGUGCGCCAUCCGGUCCGUCCGAUAGCGGAUUGGUCUCGAAAUGGCGGCCUAAAGACCGAAUGAAGACAGGAUGUGUAGCUCUUGUUUUAUGUUUAAACAUUAGUGUUGAUCCACCUGAUGUAAUUAAGAUAUCUCCUUGUGCCAGAAUGGAGUGCUGGAUAGAUCCAUUUUCUAUGGCUCCUCAAAGAGCACUGGAGAUGAUUGGAAAAAACUUGAGUGCUCAGUAUGAAAGGUGGCAACCCAAGGCCCGCUGUAAGUUUCAACUAGAUCCUACUGUGGAGGAAGUGAAGAAACUUUGUAAUACGUGUCGUAAAUAUGCCAAGUCUGAGAGAGUUCUGUUUCACUAUAAUGGACAUGGUGUACCAAAGCCGACUAGUAAUGGUGAAAUUUGGCUUUUCAAUAAGAGCUAUACUCAGUAUAUCCCCUUGCCAAUCAGCGACCUGGAUUCCUGGUUGAAGACACCGUCAAUAUAUGUUUUUGAUUGCUCUGCUGCUGGGACGAUUGUCAAUGCCUUCAUAGAGCACCACGAUUGGAAUGCUUCUGUUUCCUCUGGAUCUGCAAGGGAUUGCAUUCUGCUUGCAGCCUGUGAAGCACAUGAAACUCUUCCUCAGAGUGCUGAAUUUCCUGCUGAUGUGUUCACAUCUUGUCUCACUACACCUAUCAAGAUGGCAUUGAGAUGGUUCUGUACACGUUCGUUACUUCGUGAAUCCCUUGAUUAUUCACUGAUAGAUAAAAUUCCUGGCCGCCAAAAUGACCGCAAAACACUUUUGGGAGAACUGAACUGGAUCUUUACAGCAGUGACUGACACCAUUGCUUGGAAUGUUCUUCCCCAUGAUCUUUUUCAGAGAUUGUUCAGGCAAGACCUGUUAGUUGCCAGUCUGUUUCGAAAUUUCUUACUUGCUGAGAGAAUUAUGCGAUCUGCAAACUGUUCCCCUAUUUCACAGCCCAUGUUGCCCCCAACUCAUCAGCAUCAUAUGUGGGAUGCAUGGGACAUGGCUGCUGAAAUCUGCCUUUCUCAGCUUAAGUCAUUGGUUGAUGAUCCCAAUGCAGAGUUUCAGCCAAGUCCUUUCUUCACUGAGCAGCUGACUGCUUUUGAGGUAUGGCUAGAUCAUGGAUCAGAACACAAGAAACCACCAGAGCAGUUGCCAAUUGUUCUUCAGGUUUUACUGAGUCAAUGCCAUCGAUUUCGAGCGCUGGUGCUUCUUGGAAGAUUCCUUGAUAUGGGACCAUGGGCUGUAGAUCUGGCCCUGUCCGUUGGAAUAUUUCCAUAUGUUCUGAAGCUGUUGCAAACAACAACUCCAGAAUUAAGACAAAUUCUUGUAUUUAUAUGGACAAAGAUCCUUGCACUUGAUAAGUCAUGUCAGGUUGAUCUGGUAAAGGAUGGUGGCCACAUAUAUUUCAUCAGGUUUCUUGACAGUGUGGAAGCAUAUCCUGAACAGCGUGCAAUGGCUGCAUUUGUUUUGGCUGUCAUUGUGGAUGGGCAUAAGCGGGGUCAGGAAGCCUGUAUUCGAGCUGGUUUGAUAGAUGUGUGCUUAAAGCACCUUCAGGGUUCAAUUCCAAAUGAUGGGCAAACUGAACCUCUAUUUCUUCAGUGGCUUUGUCUCUGUCUUGGAAAGCUGUGGGAGGACUUCACAGACACACAAAUCAUAGGUUUGCAGGCAGGUGCCCCAGCUAUAUACGCACCUCUAUUAUCACUAUUAUCUGAGCCCCAACCUGAGGUUAGGGCAUCAGCUGUAUUUGCAUUAGGUACUUUGCUUGAUGUUGGAUUUGACUCAACCCGAGAGGGUACUGGAGAUGAAGACUGUGAUGAUGAUGAUGAAAAGAUUAAGGCUGAAAUUAGUGUUAUUAAAAGCCUUUUAAAUGUUGUUUCAGAUGGAUCCCCACUGGUCAGGGCAGAGGUUGCUGUAGCUCUAGGACGCUUUGCCUUUGGCCACAACAAGCACCUGAAGUCGAUUGCUGCUGCAUAUUGGAAACCUCAGUCAAACCUGCUGAAUUCUUUACCAUCGUUGGCUCAUGCCAAAGGUACUACUAAUGUAUAUACUAAUCCAAACCAAUACAUGCCAUAUGGAAGUAUUGUUCCUCCAGUUGGUCCUCUGUUGAGGGUUGGCAAUGACAACUCGGUAACUCGAGAUGGAAGGGUCUCCACUAGCAGCAGCCCUCUUGCUAAUACAGGAAUAAUGCAUGGAUCUCCAUUGUCUGAUGAUUCAUCUCAACUUUCUGAUUCUGGGAUAUUAAAUGAUGGUGUUAGCAAUGGGAUUGUUAACCAUUCAAGGCCUAAACCACUAGACAAUGCUAUGUAUUCACAAUGUGUAUUGGCUAUGCGUGCUUUAGCUAAAGAUCCUUCACCACGUAUUGCCAGCCUUGGUCGGCGAGUUCUUUCUAUUAUUGGGAUAGAACAAGUGGUGAAUAAACCUGUGAAGUCUGCUGGUACUAGUGUUCGACCUGCUGAACCCACACUAUUAUCCCCAACUCCUAGUCUUAUUGGACUAGCUCGUUCAACUUCAUGGUUUGACAUGAAUGGAGGUAAUUUGCCUAUGACCUUUAGAACUCCUCCUGUUAGUCCUCCUCGGCCAAGUUACUUAACAGGAAUGCGGAGGGUUUAUUCUUUAGAGUUCAGGCCACACCAGCUGAAUUCUCCAGACACAGGAUUAGCUGAUCCACUUUUGGGUUCAGCUGGAUCUUCUGGGGUUUCUGAGCGCAGUUUUCUUCCACAAUCAAUUAUCUAUAAUUGGAGUUGUGGCCACUUCUCAAAACCACUUCUCUCUGCAGCAGAUGAUAAUGAAGAAAUAUUAGCUAGAAGAGAAGAAAGGGAAAAAUUUGCAUUGGAUCACAUCUCAAAAUGCCAGCACUCAUCUGUAAGCAAGCUGAAUAAUCAAAUUGCUAGCUGGGAUACAAGAUUUGAGGCAGGGGCAAAAACAGCUUUGCUGCAACCUUUUUCUCCUAUUGUAGUUGCUGCAGACGAGAAUGAACGGAUCAGGAUUUGGAAUUAUGAUGAAGCUACCCUUCUCAACAGCUUUGACAAUCAUAAUUUUCCUGAUAAAGGAAUUUCUAAACUCUGCCUUGUGAACGAGCUUGAUGACAGCUUGCUGCUUGUUGCCUCAUGUGAUGGAAAUGUUCGGAUUUGGAAAGAUUACACACUUAGGGGUCAACAGAAACUUGUAACUGCAUUCUCUUCAAUCCAAGGUCAUAGACCUGGUGUAAGAAGUGUGAAUGCUGUUGUGGACUGGCAACAGCAAUCAGGAUAUCUGUAUGCUGCUGGCGAGAUAUCAUCCAUCAUGGCUUGGGAUCUGGAUAAGGAGCAGCUUGUUUAUUCAAUUCCUUCAUUAUCGGAUUCCAGCAUCUCAGCACUGUCUGCAUCUCAAGUUCAUGGGGGUCAACUUGCAGCUGGUUUUGUGGAUGGUUCUGUCAAGCUAUUUGAUGUCCGAACCCCUGAAAUGCUUGUUUGUGCAGCACGGCCACACACUCAGAGGGUAGAAAGAGUAGUGGGAAUUGGCUUUCAGCCCGGGCUGGAUCCUGCGAAGAUUGUGAGUGCAUCUCAGGCUGGUGACAUUCAGUUCCUUGAUAUGAGAAAUGGCAAUUGUGCCUACCUCACAAUUGAUGCUCACAGGGGCUCUCUUACUGCUUUGGCUAUUCAUCGACAUGCCCCGCUUAUUGCCAGUGGUUCAGCAAAACAGAUCAUCAAAGUCUUUAGCCUGGAGGGUUCACAAUUAGGCACCAUCCGAUUCUACCCAACCUUCAUGGCCCAGAAGAUUGGAUCUGUGAAUUGCCUCACAUUUCAUCCAUAUCAGGUGCUACUUGCUGCUGGUGCCGCAGAUGCUCUUGUCUCUAUCUAUGCUGAUGACAACUCUCAAGCACGAUGAAUGCAUAUUCUUUCAUGAUUAUAUGCUUGAUAACAGGCUUCAAUUCGGAGGCUGCAAAGUGCACAUCAACUUACAUCAAGAUAUCACCAAAAUCAGUGCACUUGGGUCUUCAGGUGUGUCACAUUCUGCUGCCCCAAUACCUCUUCGCACUCAAAUGUUUCUGGAAAUGCUGUCUGGGCAUGCUGUGUUGAAAUUGUAUGCUAUAUAUAUUCAUUAGCCUCCAGUGGAGAGGAUCACACAUGUUGGGAAGGAAUGCUGGGAAGUUCAUUGGAGGCUUUGGCAAAUAAUCUCUCAUAUAUCUAUACAUAAUAGGUUAAGGCGUGUAAAUAUUUUCUUCUUUUUUUUUUUUCCUUUAUUUUUUCUUUUUCUGUUUCUUUUCCUUUUUCCUCUUUUGGGGUGUGUUUUUUCUUCUCCAUCUCUUGGUUCAAUUUGUAAAAGCAGCGAAUUUAUCAUUAUUAUAAUUUUAAGUGUUGCAGGCAAGUGAAAUGGGUUUUUAGUCUGUGAAAUGAAGUGCGUUCAAACC